AUGGAACCAUUCGUGAUAUUUAUCAUAAUAGCUGUAAGCAUGUUCGUUUUAGUUGCAAUUCUGAGUUUGUUAUGCCGACUAAUGGGAGGCCGGCCAGCAUAUGGGAGUGGUGGUGGUGGAGGUGGAGGUUUUACCCAUCAUAACCACCACCACCAUCGCGCUCACAAUGCAGUAGUUUUUGGGGGUGGUGCUGGUGGUAUUGGUGUUGGUGGGGGAGCAUUUGACGGUGGCGGAGGUGGAGCAGGAGGAGGUGGAGCUGGAGGAGGAAUGGGUGCAUGUUAA